AUGGCCAAACCCUCGGAGGAGAACCAUCAGGGAUGGUCCUCGGACAUCUGGAGUGCGUCUCUUAUCACGCACUACCUCAUGGAACGCGUACGAAGUGUGGAAAGCACAAUCAAAUUCAUUAUUGUUAGACCGUGCAUCCAGCUCACGCUUCGUCGAAUUAGGCAGCAGACUUCGGAAUGGGGAUCUAAACUCACCAAAAAGGCGUGUACGACGGAUAAAAAGGGAAACAAAACGAACGACGAAGCCCCAACGCUCAGUGAAUAG